CUUCUCCAUGAGACCAAAGGGCAAAAAUUGUCAAACUGAAGAGACUAUUGGUACUAUUAGGCAAUUAAUUUUACCCACUAGUAAACAAGAAAGCAAUAUUUUAUGAAGAGCCUUCUAGCCAGAAUGAAAAUAUAUGUAUUACACAUGUGUUGGAAUUUUUGAAACAUAUGUUACAUGUUAUAAGUGUGUCUUUCUAGUUUAGUUUAAAGAAAAAACAACAGUAUUUUAUUAAGCAGCCAGUCUACAAAAACAAAACAAAAACGGCCUCAUUAACAACAUGCAGACAGUUCUACGCCUGGCUACGGUGUGUUUCCCCUGUUGUGCAAAAACGACAGACACUGAGUCAGAUGUUGGAAGCAAUUUUGAGUAUGUCGUCCAAAACCAUUACAUGUACAAAGUGCGCAAGCCGGUAACAAAUUUACAGACAGACAUACCUGAUGAAUUCAAAAUUGCUGAUGGCAUAUCACUCCACAAACAACCAAUAUAUCGUCGAGUACAAUACAAAGGUAGGAAAAACCAAGUUUACAAGUACUAUAUAUUGGAAAAUUAAUUGUGGAUGAAAAGAAUUUAAACAAUGAAACUAAUUCCAGUUAUAAAACUACGCAAUACAUAAAAGCCCCAUAUUUAAUGUGUAGUUCUUAAGGCACAUUUAAUAAAAUUUAUGAAGCCUGUUUAAGAAGAGGACAGCAUGUAUGAAGAAGGUCGGAUGAGAAGUUCCCAAAUACAUCCAGAAGAGGAGUCGUUAACAGAUGGAAUGCCUGAAGGACAGAAUACAGGAUUCAACUGGAGAAACAACAUCAAUGCUAAAGAAGAGGUUCAAGUGUAUUUUGUGAAAAAUAAGGAAAUAGAUUUACCAUCAAAAAUGUACGACUUAACGCCCAAUUCAGUAUUAUCAUCAUUAUCGAAACAACUCGAUUUAGAAAAACAAGUUGUAUGCCCUGACACCAUAACUCAAUUUUUAGAAGAAGAAAGCUCUUGCAGAGAAAAACUUAAAAAAGAUAAAAGCCUAAUAUCAUUCAAACCUUUGAAACAAAAAGACCAAUUUUACCAGUCUCCACCCACCCUCAGGCCAGUUGAAGAGACAGAAAUAGAAUCGGAAUCAGAUGUUAUGAAACAGAGCAAAGAAGAGUCAGCGCCAGCAGACUGGUCUGAUAAUGAUACAACAAUAUCCAGUUUCUUAACUAACCCCAGCGAUAGAGAUAAGCAAGAUAUAAUAAUUAAAAAAUCAAGGACGUUUAAAGAGGCUAUGGAACUUCCAGAGCCCAAAGAUGUAGAUAGAACACUAGUGUGGAAACUGUUUUUAAGACAGGGGAGUGAAAGUAAAUAACUUUCCACAUUUUAUUGUACAUAGAAGACAAUUUUAACUGAC